GACCUGCAUUUGUCUCUUACUUUCUAACCAUACCAUUCUCUCUCUAAAUAGAGCUCCAGAACAUUUACUUUACAUGAUAGUGAGUUACAUCAACAAGUACAAAAGCAACUUCACAGUAUCAUCUCAUGCAAAAGUAAUCCACUAAUAAAUAAAUAAACAACAAAAGGAGCAAAGGAGAAUCCCUCCUGUGCCAAGCAAACAAAACCACUAUCUCCAAGCAAUUCCCAGCUCACUGGAUUCCUCCCUUGCUAUCCUCUCCCAAGCCAUCUCUCUAUGAUUAAAUCGACGCAAAAACCUCGUACUGGUUCCGGAUUUAUAUCCCUCCGUUUGGCCGCGUUUCAUACCGACGACGACGGUGACGAAAGAGCGAGAGAAGGAAAACGACCACGAUGGCGAUCACGCACGACGAUCUCUCCCUUCGGAGAGCGCGAGCGGGCUUCUCCGACGUAAGCGGCCGGCUGGCUGUCUUUCUUGUGGCCCUGUCCAUUGUUUGUGGUCUUGUCAGCUUCAUCUUGUGCCUGGCUGCAGAGGCCUCCAGAUCUGAGGCUACUUGGUAUCUCCUGAGCAUGAGGGGGGAUGGAACUAAGAUAUCAGAAUGCUUCUACAACAGCAGCGGCAGGACGGUCCUCGCCUGCGCGGUGUGCGCGUUCCUCCUGCUCGCGGUGGCCAUGUUCGCCGAGCACGCGUACAUGCUCGUCGCAGUCGCCAGCCCGGCCCAGCACGGGUUCUCCUCCUGGACGGCCGCCGAUGAUCCUCGAAUACCGGCCUCCAUGCGGGCUCUAACAUGGCAGGCCUGCUUUCUCUUCCUCAUAACUUGGCUCUGUUUUGCCAUCGCCGAGAUCCUCCUAAUGAUCGGCAUCAGCGUCGAGUCUGGCCACCUUAGUGACUGGAAAAAGCCGAGGUCUACUUGCCAUACCAUCCGGCCAGGGGUGUUCGCGGCAGCCGGGAUUCUAGGACUGAUCACCGUAUUUUUAGGAUUCAUUUUGUACCUGACGGCUUUACGGGCGCAGAGAUUACAGCGAGAAGCAGAGGGACCACAUCACCAAGCCCCACCAUUCCCUCCGAGCGCGCCGCCUGAGGGCGAGGCCGCCCCUCGGCAGGACCCAUCACCUAGCAAGACUUCAACUUCCGCGUGAGCGGAAAUGGGCUUCUGUGCGGCCGAGACAAACACUGGGGGGUUCUCUGUAAAUUUCUUGGCAAGUUAGUUUCAUUGAAUUGAAUUUCUUUUCCACCUAAUUCAAGGUUGUAAAACAAAGAAACAGUUUUUUCCUUCAUAAUAAUGAAUACAUACUUCAUCACCAGUUCUUCAUACACAUCACAAAUGGAGAGUUCCCCGAAAAGUUUUGGGGAAUGUGAUCUCAUUCAAUUGAAUUCCACUUACACCUAAAAGGGAAAAACCGAAAAGAUAGAGAAACUAA